CUGGCCUCCAGCUGGAACCACUGCAUGUGCCUUUCCCUAUCCCUGGGCUCCCGUGACUCAGUCAGUCCCUCUGAGGGAACCAGCCCUCUUCUUGGCAACCAGGGGCAGGUGGUGACGUCAGCGUGGAGGGAUAUAAAAGCUCUCAGUCAAAAUAGAAUUGAAGAUACAACUUGACAGUUGGUCCCUGUGACAGGGACCCCCUCACCCUGAUCUUCACAGAUGUCUGGAGGCAGAUUUUCACUGUGUCAAGGCCUACCCACUGACCCCAUGUUGGGCCCUCUUUCCCUUCUGUGCCUUGUGGCCAUGACAACUUCCUUGGUUUCCAAAGCUCAGAUCUUGACCCCGCAAGACUACGAGGAAGAGGAUGAUGAGAGGGUAACCGCACCUUCCCGGUCUGUCCCUUGCAACUAUGACCAUUGCCGCCACCUGCAGGUGUCCUGUAAGGAGCUGCAGAAGGUUGGGCCAGUGGCUUGCAUGUGCCCAGGGCUCUCCAGGGAAGAUCAGCAGCCAGACCCCCCGAGGCUGGGAGAAGUACAAAUUGUGGCUGAGAAAGGCUGUGCCAUGGUCCACUGGUGUGCUCCCUUCUCGCCAGUCAGCCACUACUGGCUUCUGCUUUGGGAGAACAAAGGGGCUCCACAGAAGACUGGUCCCCUCAAUGCUACAAUUCGAAGGGCAGAGCUGACAGGACUGAAGCCUGGGGCUGCUUACAACCUUUGUGUGGUGGCUGCUAAUGACGCUGGUGAGAGCCAUGUUCCUGAGGCAGAUGGUGAGGGUUCGGAGAACUGGGCUGGCCCUUCCUUUGGGCCCUGUCGCAGGAUUAUCCUGCCGCCUAAGCCUGUUACCCUGGUCCACGCAGCCGUGGGAGUGAGCACAGCCCUGGUUCUGCUGAGCUGUGUGGCCCUGCUCUGGCAUUUCUGUCUUCGUGAGCGAUGGGGUUGCCCCCGCCACCGGCAAGCACCGCCCCAAGUUUCAGAAGCUCUCUGAUGGGAGUCUCAUCAAUUACAAACAACUCUGGUGCGGUCCGGCCACAUCUGGAGAGCCCAACCCACUCCCAGGAGGACUGUGAAGCUUGCUGCCACCUGGUACCAGUGGCACAGCCAAGCCAGAGCAGAAGUCCAGGCAGUGACAGCUUGUUUAGUUCCUAACUAACUGGUCACUAAGUUCCCUGUUGGGGGCUAGAAAGGAGUAGCAAUUAUUCCUUGGGAAUCAGAUAUAAAUUAUUUAAGCUUUAUGGGCUUGAGGGGGUAAAAUUAUAGACAUUAUGUGUGUAUUUAUAUAUAGCAGUUAAAAUGGAGCUCUUUAAAGCCUGACAUGGUGGUCUACAAUUUUAAACUCUAGCACCCUGAAGGCAGAGGCAGGCAGAUCUCUCUGAGUUUCCAGAGCAGCCUGAUCUACACAGAGAAAUCCCAGGCCAAACCAGAUUAUACAGUGAAAACCUGUCUAAAAAAAAAAAAAAAACAUAGAA